AUGGAUGUUGGAGGUGAGGUGAUGGAAAGCACUAUUCCUUCUCUUAUUGUAGAUUCUGUUCAGAAAGGAGAGGUACUUUCUCCAGAAGAUAGUGCUUGGGUUGAUUCCUGCCUGAUUAGUGAAUCUGAUAUUUUGGAUGAUGACUGGUUUUCUCUGAAAGGUGCCCUGCUAGAAAUCCUUAAUUCUCAGACUGAAUCACUCAGCUCUUCUGCACUUCCUUCUGGUGAGGGGGCAGAUACAGAACACUUCCAAAGAAGAACCCAAAGGAGUCUGCUUCCUAUUAAUGAAGACGCAGAGAGUGGAGAUGAUGAUAUGCCCACCGAUGAGGAUGCUAGUAAUUUGCAGUCAUCAACUUUUACGGGAAAUCCAUUCUUGCCAGGUUACCGUGAUGAUGACCUUGGAGUGACUGGAAACCUUGAGUUAGGAGCCAAUGUUGUCUCUACAGUGUCUGAGAUGGAGCCUUCAACUGAGGAUAUUUUCAGGGUUUGGGAUUUGGAUGUUCUAGUGGAGGAAGAUGAUCUUGUUAAGCAGUUGGAAAAGGCCCUUGAAGAAAGUUCACUUCAGCCGCUCCCACCAACUUUCAAUGAUUCUGAUGUGUGGAAAAAUUUGAAAGUAGAUUCGGUUGAUGCUCUAAUUGCUGGAAUUGCAGACCUGUCUUUGGUUGAAAGUUCCAGAUAA